GCCACCGGUGACCUCGACGCUCUGCAACCGCCUUUGUCGCUGACUCUCGUCCGCUCGUCCUCGCACCCUCCCUGCAGGCAUGUCAAGCUACGAGAAGGCGGUCAAAGGGGCUUGCAAGCCAAAGCCUAACCCGCCGAAGGCCAAGUACUUGGAUCCGAUCCUUGCCGCCACCUGGUCUGAAGACGGGGCAGUCCAUGAUGUGUGCAGGGCAUUGGUUCCGAGGUUCCGUGAACCGAAUGUCUUGGUUGUGUUCAAGGCGCUCAUCGUGCUGCACAUGAUGAUUCGCAACGGUUCGACAGACAAUGUGCUCUCCUAUUUGUCGUCAUCCGAUGUUCUCAGGCUGAAGAAUGUAUCUGCGGGAAGCUGGGAAGGGUACAACGCUCCGCAAAACAUCCAGCACUAUGCAAACUACCUCGACAUUCGCAUACGCGCGUAUGCACAGUUGAAGCACGACGCUAUUCGUGUGCAGUCUGAGAACAACCGGGACAUGCGCAACUCUGCCGCAAUCGAGGAGAUGGGUUCGAGCUCGUACCGUUCCCGGUCGGCUAUGAGAGAUCUGGACUAUGGAGGAAUGCAACGAAGCAAGACCAUUUCUGGAAGGAAGUUGCGGGUGAUGACAGUGGAGAAGGGUUUGCUGCGGGAAACUAGAGUCGUGCAGAAGAUGAUUGAUGCGCUUGUCGAAUGCCGAUUCUACCUCGAUGACCUGGAUAACGAGCUGAACAUCACGGCCCUCCGCAUGUUGGUCAAAGAUCUGCUGAUUCUGUUCCAGGCUUGCAACGAGGGUGUCAUCAACGUAUUGGAACACUAUUUUGAAAUGUUCAAGAGCGAUGCACAAGAAGCCCUGAAAUUGUAUCGCCAUUUCUGCGAGCAGACGGAACAUGUUGUCGAAUACCUCAGUGUCGCCAAGAAGCUGCAGAACAUAUUAAACGUCCCUGUCCCCAAUCUCCGCCAUGCUCCAGUCUCCUUAGCGGGAGCCCUUGAAGAGUACCUUAACGACCCGAAUUUCGAACAAAACCGAAUAGAAUACAAAGCGAACAAGGAGGCUGCUGAUAAGCCAGGUAGCAGGGCUAUACCCGUACCUCAAGCGAAAAUUGAGGAGAAAGCGCCUGAGACGAAGCCCUCGACAUCGACCGAGACUCCCGCUGAAGCUAGCAAGGCCGCCAACAGCCAGGCGAUGAUAGACUUCUUCUCGGCGAUCGAAGGAGAGCAGCAGACGAUGUUCAACCCUCAAACUAACAGUCCUUCCGGCGCCUACUUCCAGCAACAUGCUGCCCACAAUCCUUUUGCUCAACACCAGGUACAGAUGAUGACGGGUGCACCAUUCGCACCGCAGCAGAUGCAGAUGCAGCCACAGCCGACGGGCUUCAUCAUGGCCCAGCACACGGCGACAAAUCCAUUCGGUAUGCAGAUGCAGCAGCAGCAGCAGCCUGCGCCGUUCAUGCAGCCGCAGCAAACUGGGUUCCUCCAGCCACAAGCGACUGGCUCGAACCCCUUCCGGCAGACAAUGAUGCUACCGCAGAUGACCGGGAUGGCGGCGUUCAACAUGGGCAUGGGUCAGCAGCAACAACCACAGCAGCCUAUCAAUACGAACCCCUUCCCUACGCAGAGCACGGGGAUGCAAGCGCUGCAAACGGGCGCGAACAUGCCCUCAUUCAGCGCGUUCGGCUCUAUGCAUGGGUCCUCACAAAUGGCCGCGCCCAUUGCGCAACAGCCCAAUGGCUAUGCUGCUAAUGCUGGUCCUGCGCGUCCGAUGUCUGCUCCUCUUACUUCACACCCGUCGACGUCAUCAACGUCGUCGGGUCCGCCCCCUGCACAGCCGAUCAAGACGCAUCAAACAGGAUCAAGGAAUCCAUUCGGCACGCCUGUCGUUGCUCCGCCGCCCAUGCCAAAGCCGCCGACAUUGUUCGAGCUUGCGAUGGGUGCUGCACAGAACAGCCAGCAGAAUGGCAUGCAGGGUGGUUGGCAGCAGCAGCAGCAACAGCAACAGCAGAUAUCACCCGGUGGUACAAGCGGUUUCAGUUCGCAGUUCGGGACACAUCCAACAGGGUCUGCUAUGGCAAGUGUUGCUUCAUCAUUUACGUUCAAUAAGCUCGGGGAGCCCAAUGACAACCCUUCUGCCAUGUCGCCGCUGAACCCGCAGCCGACGUCACUGCCGUCAUCCACUACUGGUUCCACGUUCUCUAACUCUCUUUUCUCCUCUUUGUCAAGCCAGCCUACAGGCAUGACCAACAACACGUCACUAGGCUCGCCCACGAUGGGGACAUCUGCACUUCAGCCCCAGAAGACAGGAGGUUUGAGCGGCCUCAGGCCGUUCAAACCCUCAUCAUCAUUCGGGGCAGCACUGCUCGAAUCGCUCCCGCCUAUUCCAUCGGCACCGUCGACACCUCAGCCACAAUUCUCUUCGCCGACUUCAAAUGGUGCUGCGGCCACGUCAGGAUUGAUGUUUGGCGGAGGGCUGAAUGGACUGAACACACAGCAGACUGGGUUUGGCGGGUUGAAUUCGCAACCGACGGGCGCAUUUAGCACGCAACUUCCCAAUUCGUUCAACUCACAGUCGACGGGUGCCUUCGGGUCUCAGCAGAACAGUGCGCUGACAAGACAGCCGACAGGAGCAUUAGGCAAUCUGGGCCAAUCGACUGUCGGUGUUGGUCUCCGCCCUCAGAUGACAGGUUCCGCGGGUGCUGCGAAUCCGUUCAGGGCGACCAUGUUUGCGAAUUCAACUGGAAUGACUGGCGGUCCAUUCGGCGCUGGGGCAGGUUUCACAAACCAGCCACCACCACCACUCCCAACCUCUCAGUCAAACCCUGGCCUUGGCAACUCGCCGUUUGGCAUGAACGGUUCUGCACCGGGGAUGCCCUCAUUCGCUGCAGGGCAGUUCGGAACGGGGCAGAAUCUGCCAAAUAUGCAGCAGCAGUAUCAGAGUGGUCCUUUGAUCUAGUGAUGAUUCUUACUCUUCUUUCUCGGUGUGAUGUCUUAUUCGUAAUUCUCGACGAUAGCGUUCUGCCCUCCCAGUGGUAUCUAAUGUUGCUGCUUUCGCGUCUAUUAGCUUACUUCACGAGCGCUAGUAUUUUCUGUGGCCCUCACAAACAAAAUACCCAAGUGUAGUUGUAUCGGCGGACCAUGCAUUCCAUGUCGGGUUUCAGGAGAAACGAAAUCGGAACGGUUUGGUGUGGGGGUUACUGGGUCCUUGCAAUAUCUAAUCAGAUUGGAC